AUGUUCCAUGGCUGCUUCAAGUGGACAUUUGGAAAUUCUAAAGUGGGCUCGCAUGAAAAUGGUUGUCCAUGGAAUGAAAGGACAUGUCAAAUUGCUGCUGCAAAUGGAGAUUUGGAAAUUCUAAAGUGGGCUCGUGAAAAUGGGUGUCCAUGCAAUGAAGAUACAUGUGAACAUGCUGCUGAAUAUGGACAAUUUGAAGUUUUGAAGUGGUUACAUGAAAAUGGUCGUCCAUGGAAUGCGUCAACAUGUGCCAGUGCUGCUUCAAGUGGCCAUUUAGAAAUUCUGAAGUGGGCUCGUGAAAAUGGUUGUCCAUGGGAUGAAGAAACAUGUGGCUGUGCUGCUCAGGAGGGACAUUUGGAACUUUUGAAGUGGGCUCGUGAAAAUGGUUGUCCAUGGGAUGCAGAUACAUGUGCCAGUGCUGCUCAGGGAGGACAUUUGGAAAUUUUAAAGUGGGCUCGUGAAAAUGGUUGUCCAUGGAGUGCAGCAACAUAUCAAGCUGCCUGCGCGAAUAACGAAAGGGAAGUGUUCCAGUGGCUAUGUGACAAUGGCUGCCCUGGGUCUAACAAUAAUGAAGGGCCUUAAUGUGUACUGCUAGCUCUAGAGUACCCGCACGAUGGACCUAUCAGGCUUUGCUUGGAUCCAAGGCCCGAGACUUGCCACGGGAAGCCACCUGAUGCCACGCCCCGUCAGAUCAACAAACGAAAGAACUCAACGCCCGUAUGAAAACCUUCCGCUACAACAGUUACUACCAGUUGAUGGACCUUGUCCUGACGUGAACGUCCAAACAUAGCGCUGGUGAGCCAAGUCCCAACAUGGUUUGGCCCUCCUGGCUAAGCGAGUGCAUAUUAUCAUGGCCUGGGGGUCCGGCAAGAAAGCACACAUCGAGGCCAGCUCAUACACGACAGUGAGGCUGGUGCCGUCGCCACGUUUCUGUCCAUCUUUGAUUGGUCUCGGUGGUAGACACCGCAGGUACUUGUGAUCCAUCGUUGUAGCCGCUCCAAACUGCCGUUCGCAUUUCUUCGCUGCAGCGAGACAUUCGCUUUGCGGGAAAACCAGCCAUCUUGGGUCGCCAGAUUCCCAGGCUCCACCUGCCAUUGUUUGUGGAUUGAAUAUAAAUAAAACGUGCACAUUCAUUUUCGUUCAUGUACCA